AUGUUUGGCGACUUUGAACAGGCCGAAGGUAUCACACCCACAAACCAGGCCAGUCAAAGCAACGACGAGUUACUCAUUCCAAUCCACGAUGAUCACAAUCACCCACAGUCAACCUUCUCUGGUAGUCAGUCCGACAAGGACGCACCCACAACUCACAACCCACCGGGAAGCCUCGACCCGACGUUAGACCUCACUUCAGUUGCUACUGGUUGCUACAGCAACGAGCCAACGAUUCCUAAUCACCACUUAAUCAUCAACGAAGCGGAGACAAUUUUACCCGAUGUUACAUGCGUCACCCAAAGCAGCAACUUUAACAUGUCAGCAAACUCCUACGCCUCCAAUCAAGACGGUGAAAAUCAGCCAUUGCUAAAAAGAAUCGACAGUGAGAGCACUCAAGUGAUAAAGAAUACAUUUCCCGAUGACGCCGAGUUCACUAGCUUUGUAAAGGAGGUUGAGCAAGCCAUAGAAAAUGGCAAUAUGCCUACUCGCAUUUCACAAGGCUCCAGCGGGAGCUACUUUGUCCGAAACAGUGACGCAUCGAAAGUUACUGGGGUUUUCAAGCCCAAGGAUGAAGAGCCCUACGGAAUGCUGAACCCAAAGUGGACCAAAUGGAUGCACAAACUCUGCUGCCCUUGCUGCUUUGGCCGGUCCUGUCUGGUGCCCAACCAAGGGUACCUGUCAGAAGCAGGCGCCUGGGUUGUCGAUCGAAAGCUACAGCUGAACAUUGUUCCUAAGACCAGGGUUGUUCGACUGACUAGUCUAACUUUUAACUAUUCUGCAAUCGAUCGCGCGAAAUCGAGAACUAAACGAAAUGUGUCCGAACGAUUUCCCAAAGUCGGUCGUCAUUUCAACCGAAUUGGCUUGCCACCCAAGGUGGGCUCUCUUCAAAAAUACGUUGAAGGAUAUGAAGAUGCCUGCGUUUGGUUACGAAAAAUCGAAUCGAAUCCGCUGGAAGGAGAAAUCCUCGAUGAUUUCCAGUUUCAAUUCGAGAAGCUAGUCGUUUUGGACUAUAUUAUUCGAAACACCGACAGAGGCAAUGAUAACUGGCUAGUCAAGCAGGUACUCGACGCUGACAAAAAUGUGGUCCAAAUUAAAAUUGCAGCUAUAGACAAUGGCUUGGCUUUCCCUUUCAAGCACCCUGACGAGUGGCGAGCCUAUCCCUACUACUGGGCGUGGAUUUCCUUCGCCAAAAAGCCAUUCUCUGACCGGAUUUGUGAUUUAGUCUUACAUCAACUGUCUGACAUGAACUUUGUCCAAGAGCUAUGCGAUGAGCUGUUUGUCCUCUUUUCGACCGACAAAGGCUUUGACAGGAACAUUUUCGAAAAACAAAUGUCGGUAAUGCGCGGACAGAUUUUGAAUCUAACACAAGCCCUCAAAGACAAGAAAAGUCCACAGCAGCUAAUUCAAAUGCCAGCUAUAAUCAUGGAACGAAGCCGCAUUUCAAACAAGGGGCGUCUAAGGACCAUGACUGAGAACUUUACGCAAAGUUUUCAGAGGAAGACUCCGUUCUUUUCGUGGUGGUAG